CUACACGUUUGCUAGUCGAUUGAAGCUUGUAGUUUCUGAUCACUGAGCGCCGGGUCUUUGACGCGAUGUUUGCUACCGUGCUGAGAAGAUGCGUGAGCGGGAAGUUACUGCCGGCACCUGCCGCAAAAGCUGUCAGAGUCCGAGGGACAAGCCACUACUCGACAACUUUAAGGAGGACCGCCGCUGCCCUGACUAGCGGACGAGCUGCAGUCCUCCUGGGGCUCCCCGCACUAUCCUGCCUGACCUUUGAAGCGUAUCACAGGGUGCAGAGUGCCAUCGUCCUCUACGCUUUAGAGAAAGAGGAGGUUUUGGAGCAGGCGGACUACCUGUACAGCUGUGCAGAGACGGAGAAGCUGUACCAGCUGCUGCUGCAGUACAAGGACAGUGACGAUGCAGAGUUCCUGUGGAGGCUGGCCCGGGCGUCUCGCGACCUGUCCGUCCAGCCCAACAUGGAGGCCGGACGGAAGAAGCAGCUGAUGUUUGACGGUUUCGAAUAUGCAAAGAAGGCCCUGGAGAAAGAUGACAAGUGCUUCGCUGCACAUAAAUGGUACGCAGUGUGUCUCAGCGACGUCGGGGAAUACGAGGGAGUCAAGACGAAAAUGGGAAAUUCCUACAUCAUCAGGGAACAUCUAGAGAGAGCUAUUGAACUCAAUCCCAAAGAUGCCACUUCCUUAUUUAUAUUGGGUUUCUGGUGCUUCUCCUUUGCCGAGCUGCCUUGGUACCAACGCAAGGUGGCGGCUGUCAUUUUUUCUUCACCACCCAACUCCACGUACGAGGAGGCUUUGGAAUUCUUCCUGAAAGCUGAAGAAGCUGAUCCAAACUUCUACAGUAAAAAUCUGCUGAUGCUCGGGAAGACCUACAUGGGCAUGAAAGACCGAGAGAGGGCGCUGCACUAUCUAACCAAAGCAAAAGAGUACCCGGCCCACACACAGGAAGAGAAAGAGGUCCACAAAGAGGCCCUUGACUUCCUGAAGAAACUAGGAUGAACCUGUGGU